GGGGGAAUAGAACAGGACAAUACAAUUAAUUCAAUCACAACAAUUGGAUACUAAACGACUUGCCAUCACCUACCCGGUCUCUUUGAUACCCCUACCGAACAUCAGCAACCAAUUUCAUCAACACAAUCAACAUGUCUACUAUUAGUGCCCAGGACAAGAAGCCCCCCAGCGCUGGCACCAAGGUUGACCUCGGCGCCGCUGCUCCCACCCGCCCCGAAGCCCCGGGCCCCGUGCCCCCCGACUCCCUCGCAGCCGAGUCUGCCAGCCACGGCGGCGAGUUCGCCAAGAACAGGGGCGUCGACCCCAACACGUUGUCUUCCAGCGGCAGCGGCAACGACAACUCUUCUUCCAGAACCGGCACCGGUGCCGCUCCCGGGUCCGGCGCCCCAUCGAAGGCCGAGCCGGCGCCGACGUACGUGCUCAACCAGUACAUCCGCGACCCCAAGGGGCCGCACGGCAAGAACAUCCACGAGGGCAUCGACGACGAGGGCGUCAGGGACGGCGUGCAGGAGGCGUUCCGCGCCGAGCCCGGCAGCGAAAACGACCCGGCGCGCGUGGCGGAGCGGGAGCUGCUGAAGAGCAAGGCCAGGACCGGGCGCUACGCCGGGCCCAGGGAGACGGAGAUCAGCGGCCCGGUGGUGUACGAGAGGCUGGACAGCGAUGUUCAGGCGUAAAGAGGUGUCGUGGGCGAGAAGGGGGAAAUGUGUGACGACCUUGUAUGAAUAGCAUCAGAAUACCCGACAGGGGUGAUAUGGAAUGAGAAAAAAAAGCUUGGUUCCUGACUUUGAGAGUGCCAUUGGGACUACCAAUGUGAAUGAUGUGUAUCGAACCGUGAGCGAUUCUCAUCUGGGAUAUGCUGCGCUGUCGGCUCUCCAUAGCACCUUUCUCAUGCGGUGUAGCAGAAUGUCGGGAUGUGGAUGUGCAUCUCACAGAGCAAGAUGAUGAUGCUCUUGAAUAAUCACC